AUGUCCUUAGCCUUGCGGACAUUGCUGCCAAAACACGCGGCGGCGCCUUUUUUGCAGCCAAAACAUGCACCCGUGCUCUCGUUCCGCCGCCGGCGCUCGGGCCCGGGCCCCUACGCCAACCAGAUCUUCCACACCGGCGCCGACGACAAUCUCCGCCACUUGACGGCGCAGUUUGGCGCGGUCGCCCACACGUUUGGCUACGGCUCGGGCGUGUUCCCGCAGGCCGGCUACGGCGCUGCCGCCGUGCCAAAGCCCCAGAUCGACAUGGUGCACAUCGUAGCGGAUCCAGCAGCGUUCCACCGCGCCAACAGCGCCCGUUUCCCGGCCCACUACUCGGCGCUUCUUCUGUUGGGCGUGGGCGCGGUGGCGUGGGUGCAGCGGCUUGGCGCGGGCGUCUACUUCAACCCGUACGUGGCCAUGGCCGGCCUCCUGGGCGAAAAGUCCAUGGUCAAGUACGGCGUGGUGUCGCAGCAGACGGCGUUGGACGACAUCACGCAGUGGACCACGAUGUACGUGGCGGGCCGGCUCCACAAGCCGGUCAAGCACUUUGGCGUCUGUUCGCCAGAGUCUGGGCCAGACUCGGCAAAAUCGCCGGGACCAGACUCGACAGACCUGCCGGCGCUGUUUCUGGCCCGCCUCUUGCACGCCAACAACUACAACCUCGCCAGCGCCUUCAACCUCUCGCUCUUGCUUCUACCGCGCAAGAAGCGCCACACGGCGUUUGCCGAGGACGCUUUGUACGAGAAAAUCGCCCUGUUGUCGUACAUGGGCGACCCGCGCAUGCUUGUGGGCGGCGAAAACCCAAACAAGGUCAAGAACAUCGUCAGCAAGCAGGCGCUGCGCUUUGCGCUGCUCUACGAGCCGUAUUUGGCGCAGGCCUUGCGCAACGGCCUUUUGCAAAGAGCCCCGGACGGCCAGCUUGAGAAAACCAUGGACGUCGAAGCGGCCGCGGCCUUGAUUGCAGACUUGCCCUUGUGUUUCCGCCGCCGCGUGCUUCUGUCGUACCGCAACAAGUUUGCCUCCACGCUCAAGGACGAUCGGGCCGCAAGCGACUUUCUUGCGGGGCAGACCGACACUGUGCCUGUGGGGCCGUUUCUUUUGGCGGUGGCGGCCGACUCUUUUUUGCGGGCCACGUUGAAAGCGUCUGUGCUGGCCACCAUAGCAUACCCGGCGCUCGUGCAGUCGGUCAAGGGUAUCUUCACGGCGGGCAUAGCCAAGUCGGCGAAGUAUGCGUGGGAAAAGAAGAUGAAGAGCCGACAGAGUAAGAAGUAA